AUGGCCGCUGUCGCCUUCUCUCGCUCAACAAGAGCUAGCCUGCCCCAAUGGGGCUCCAGAGUCUUCCGACCUGUCUUGCUCACCCGACGGAAUUUCUCAAACUACCUCGUCUCCCCGAAGGAACUCGACGAAGCCCUCAAGAAGAACCCUCCCUCACCGAUCAGCCCUGAGCCCCGAGUAAUUCCUCUCUGCGCCUCAUGGUUUCUCCCCAACGAUAGUCGAUCCGGUAUCCAAACGUUCCGCGAGCAGCGCAUUCCCAAGGCACGAUUUUUCGAUCUCGACAAGGUCAUCGACAAGCGCAGUCCCUACCCUCAUAUGCUCCCCGAUGCCAAGGGCUUUGCCGCCGCCAUGAGCGAACUGGGAAUUCGAAAAGAGGAUACGGUGGUGGUGUAUGACAGCAAGGAGCUUGGUAUCUUCAGUGCCCCCCGUGUGGGCUGGACAUUGCAGGUCUUUGGCCACCCCAAGGUGCAUAUCCUGAACAACUUCAAGCUGUGGGUGGAAGAGGGCCUUCCCACCGAGUCAGGAGAGCUGUACAGCGUCGAGUGCUGUCCUUAUCCUAUUCCCAACGUCGAGUCCACACGGGUUGUAAACUUCGAGGAGGUCAAGGAGAUUGCCAACGACUACAACAAGGAGGGUGCCGAGGGCGUCCAGAUCCUCGAUGCUCGACCCAAUGGCCGGUUUACUGGCGAAGCCCCUGAGCCCCGUGAAGGCCUCUCCUCUGGGCACAUGCCUGGGUCUAUCAACAUUCCCUUCAACGCCGUUCUGGACCCUGAGACUAAGGCCUUCCUCCCCCGCGACCAGCUGAAGAAGGUGUUUGAGGAGAAGGGAGUGGACUCUAACCACCCUAUUAUUUCAAGUUGUGGUACUGGAGUGACUGCCUGCGUUCUUGAGACUGCCCUCGAAGAGGCUGGUGUUGGUUCUCACGAGUCUCGGAGGGUCUACGACGGCAGCUGGACCGAAUGGGCUCAGCGAGUGAAACCUGCGGAAAACCUGAUUCUCAAGACAACAAAGGAAUAG